UAAAUCAAUGAUACUUAGUAAUUCAAUAAGGGAAUGAAAGAGCAAUGACUCUAGAAGCUUUAUCAUCAAAUGGUCUCUUAAACUUUUUGCUCUCUGCAGAGACUCUUUCACCAACUCCAUUCAAGUCACUCGUUGAUGAUCUCGUGCCACUGCCGGAUAAUGAUUUCAUCUUAUCCAAGAACACUAUUAUGGAGUUAUCUCAUAAUCAAGAACUGCCACCGCCACCACCACGGCCACAGCGACAACCGCAAGCGGCUAACCGAGGGAAGAAGCGGAGGAGGAGGAAGCCUAGGGUUUGCAAAAACGAAGAAGAAGCUGAGAAUCAACGAAUGACUCACAUUGCCGUCGAAAGAAACAGGAGAAGACAAAUGAAUCAACAUCUCUCUGUCUUACGAUCUCUCAUGCCUCAACCUUUUUCUCAAAAGGGUGAUCAAGCUUCAAUAGUAGGAGGAGCCAUAGAUUUCAUCAAAGAACUUGAACACAAAUUACUAUCUCUUGAAGCUCAAAAGCUUCAUAAUGCUAAAUCAAACCAAACGGUAACUUCAUCAACAAGUCAAGACUCAAACGGCGAACAAGAGAAUCCUCAUCAACAGUCUUCAUCACUAUCUCUAUCACAGUUCUUUCUUCACCCCUAUGAUCCGAGCCAAGAGAACAGGAACGGCUCAACAAGCUCGGUGAAAACCCCUAUGGAAGAUCUCGAGGUGACUCUAAUCGAAACUCAUGCUAACAUCAGAAUCUUGUCGAGAAGGAGAGGUUUCCACUGGAACACAAUGUCCACUACAAGGCCACCACAGCUUUCCAAGCUGGUGGCUGCUCUUCAAUCUCUUUCCCUCUCCGUUCUUCACCUUAGUGUCACAACAUUGGACACUUAUGCUAUUUAUUCAAUCAGCGCUAAGGUGGAAGAGAGUUGCCAGCUAAGUUCAGUAGAUGACAUUGCAGGAGCAGUUCACCACAUGCUAAGUAUCAUUGAAGAGGAGCCUAUUUGUUGCUCAUCAAUGUCAGAAUUACCUUUCGAUUUCUCCUUAAAUCACACAAAUGCCACUCAUUCUCUCUGAAGUAAUCUUUUUUUUUUUUUUUUUGGUUCUUUCUUUUAACAUUUUUAGUUCAGAAUAAAGAAAGCUUACUUAUUUCCUAGGUUCUUUUCUGACUUUGUAAAGGCUACAAAUGUGAAUUAUGUGGAUUAUAUAAAUGGCACAUAAUAUAUUAGUUGUUUUACUCA